AUUUCUUUGUGAGCAGUCAGAUUUACUGUCACACCCGCUUGCUGCAGGGGACCAUACAUUUCUUAACUAUGGUUUAGUGGAUCAUUCGUCUCAUCGUAACGGAACCUUCGACCUUUGAGUCACAUUCAAGCUGUAUCGAUGUCUGUUUACUUAUGAAUAAAACACUAUGCGGAAAAACAGUAUGCAUAAAGUUGAAUGUUGAACAGACCUUGACACCGAGUAUACUGGAAGUAAGCGAUUACUCAACGGGCUAAUUAUUAAUUCUUCCCAGAGUGCAGAAAUGUUCACUCGAAUUGGUAUCUUUGUGGGAUUUGCACCAUUUGUCCAAAUUGCGAGGGGACUAGUGAACAAGUCUUUGAGAUUAAAGAAAAUGCCAAUAGACUACCCGCUGGUGACUGGUUCUAAGCACUGGAGACGUAAAAUGCAAACUGCAUUUAGGGGUUUAGAUUCAAAUUCCGACGGCCUACUUACUAGAGAAGAUUACCUGAUGAGUGCUCGACGCAUGGCACAAUAUUUGGAUCUUAAUGAUAAACAAGCCGAGGCUAUUCUAAACCUGCGCCUGAACAUCUGGAAGUCAUUAAUCAUUCCGGGUUCUAAAAAUGAAAUGGAUGGUGUAUUGUCGGAGAAGGAAUUCUGUAAGAAUCGCAUGGAGCGUUUUAACAAUCUGCACCUCCGUCAAGAGUUGUUUAAUACCGUCAUUUCUGUGGAAUUCAGCACCAUGGAUACCAAUGGCGACGGAGCUAUAUCAAACCAAGAAUUUGCUGCAUACUGCCACAGCGUCAACAUCCCUACUGAAUCUUCGAAGAAAAUCUUCGGAAUCCUGGACACCAACAAAGAUGGGUUGAUUUCCAUCGAGGAGUUCGGUCAAGGUCACGCCGAUUUCUGGCUGAGCGAAGACCCAAACAGUAAAUACAAUGAGUUUAUUGGACCUUUAGUUGACUAGGGACGGUCAAUACCAGGACCCAGUUUCACAAAAAAAUUUAAGUCAGUCACCUGGCUUAGUUGACUAGGAUUUCCA